GACGCCUAGCGGAAAGCAGGCAGGACAACACCGCUACUUUUAUUCCGCAAUGGAAAGUUUGAAAGUGUCUCACUCGAUGGCAAAAUUAGCUGAAAAAGAAAUGGAGAGAUAAUGCUGCGCAGACCUUUUAUACUCCACAAAAGCGUGGAGGAUGGGAACACGGACUCUGGAGCUGAAACUGCAGGAUCAGACUGCAGCAAAAUGUCUUGCAGUAGCAUUGAACUCAUGAGUCGUGAUCCCCUACCAGUCGCCAUGCACCUGCUGGCCAACCCGGGUGACUCUCUCCUUCUCCAGCACACCCUGGACCGCCUGCUUGAUUGGGUGUGUCCGGGCUUGCGACUCUUCCAUGUGUCUGAACGUGCCUGCCCGGUACGUGAGUACGCCCGUGCUCACUUGUGCACGCCAACCAGCUACCCCUCACUAGCCGUCACCUUUUUCCUGCACGAGUCCUACGGUGAAGAACGCAUCCUCCGGGUCCUUGACUUCCUCCAGCGCCCACCCUGGCAGUACCACCACACUGAGAAUGGCCAUGCGAGCUCUGAUGCCAUGCUCCGACCAUACCUGCUGCCUGGACGGGACUUCUACAGUCUUGGCCCAGGUAUGCCGGUGUGGGCCGUGCGUCCGGUGCAUUGCGGAGGUGAAGUGCUACGCAUGACUCUGCACAGCGGGCAUGAGAAUUUUGAAGACGCUGUGAGACUUUAUGAGACAGUUCUGCGUGUGAGGGCUGAGGAGCAGAAAGCUGGGUUUUGCUGGUUUACCUUGCUGAAAGAGAGGACUUUCAGUCUGCAGCUAGCACUCAAGCAGCUGGCGCCUGGUGUGAGGGUGGAGACGUGCCAUUCUGCUGUGCUGCAGUUCAAGGUGGGUGAAAUUGGCCAGCUCGUUCCCCUGCUGCCCAACCCAUGCUCGCCUAUCAGUGCCACCCGCUGGCAGACUGAGGACCUGGAUGGUAGCAAGAUCCUCUUUCAGGUUAAAGGAGGAACACAGCCACAGAGGCUCUUCACGUCGGCUUUUCCACUAAGCUGCCCUGCUCUUCCUCCUAGAUCGCUGUUGAGGUGCCCAGUUCCCAUCUCAGCCUCCCCAGGCACAAGGUUAUGCCAGCUUAAAGAGCGUGCUCUGGGCAGCACUGCUGGAUCACACAGAUUGGCAGUAGGUGCCACAGAGAGCUUUGGCUCCAGCAGUGCUUGUAGUACUCCUCCUGGCAGCUCCUGUUACUCAUCCCAGUGCAGCAGCCCUGCCCUUCUGUCCAUCAAUCCCUUUGAGCCAGUCGCAUCCUCCGGUGCAUCUGCUGCUCACCUCGCCCUGGAGCAGGAAGAAGAGAAGGAGCCAGAGACAAACGUAGACACGGGCUGUGCUGUCAAUAUACAGAGGCCUGCCAUGGACACACUAGCAAGAGAUUUGAGAUGCUGCCUGCCAAAGGUACAGAGGAUGUGGGGUGCAUCAGAAGGAGAGAGUCUAUCAGACCCCAUGGCAGCACAGAGCCUCAUACAAGAGCAGGAACAAGUGGAUGAGUUCUUCAUCUGAUUGACUGCUGCAAAUAGUAAAUAAAUUAGAGCUAUACCAACCUGAUACUGAGUAUCCGUAUCACACUGAACCUGGCUUGAAAUGCUGGAUCAGCAUUAAAACAGAUCCACUUUAUGCUGUGAACGUAUUACAUGGACUGAUGUGACGCAGAUCAUGCACCCGAACACGUUUUUAAGCAUGUCACCAUCACUUCUGAUGUUUUGCAGAGCAGAACCUCACAGAGUCAAAGCGAUUACUGCGAGGACAUCGGCACGGAUUCAGAAUGACUUAACCGCCUAUAACCAAGGCUAUGAGAUAAAGUGGGAACGCUGCAUCCUUAAACAUGAUCUAAUCAUGCCUCAAUUUUUGUCAUCAGUUCCAAGGCUGCCUAUGGAGUCAGGAUCUUUAGGCAUAUAAGGUCUGUCCAGUUUGGAAUGAUUCAUAUUUCUUGUUUUGUUUCCUUAUAGUGGGCAGAAUUGAAGGCAACAUUGUAUUACCCUUUUCAGAGAAGAAAUCCUCUAAUUCUGUUCACUGUAACAGAGUAAGAGCUCCAAACUCCUGACUGGGGAAUACAUUUACAAAUACAGUAUUGGGAUAAUAUUUGUAAAUUGCCAUAAAAGGUUUGGCAUUUGUCUCAGUUUAAAGUCUGCGCUUCUAUUAUGAAUUACAGUGUUGACCAGGCAGUAUCAUAUUUCCUUUAUAUAAUUAAAGCAAAGUAAGAGUGCAGAUCAAGGAGCUGUAUUAGUACAGCAACUGCAAAACAUGAGCAAGAAUGAACUCGCCUAUUAUAAAAGAAGGCAGGAGAGUCUGAAAGUGCAGAGUCUAAUGCAGUUAGAGUCACCUCUUGAAGCAGCAUAAUUUCUUCACAAGUUCAUAUCUAGACUUGAACACGAAUCUUUGAGGAGGGAAAUCAACGGACGUGUGGUUCUUGAUAAAACAGUAUCCAGAAUCGUUGGCCUUUUUUUUUUUUUUUUUUUAAAUAACAGUAUCUUUGACAAUAUAAAAACUAAACACUGAUCUCUGAAACACUUACAUGCUAUUGACAAGCUUAUGGUGUAAGUAUGCCCACUAAAAGAUCACUAUAUCUUUAUCCACAAUAUUUUUAUCCAUUAUAGUUUCAUUUAAUCUCGUUGAACAUCCGUGAACCAGUUAUUACUAGUUAUAGCAGCUAUAAACCGGUUAUGACCUCACCAGUCCUUAUUUACUAAUCUUGAUGUUAACGAGACAAAAAAAAGCUUGUCAUGUAAACAAGAAACCAGAACGGAAAACCCAAGACUCGUUCUAUAAAUGUUAAAUAAAUGACUCCUUUCUCGUUAUGUGUUUCUUUGUUGAAUAAUAUUUUUUAAAUCAGUUUUUUAUUAUUAGACUUAGAUUAUGUGGAGUGUCCCUGUGAAAUAGUUGUUACAACAGGAUAAUGAUGUAUUAGAAUGAGGACAUUAAUAUAAACCUGUGAUUUGCCUGUGAGCUGCUGAGAAGAAAAUGAAUCAACACCUUUUGACCACUCAUGUUGGAUAAUGCAAUUACGCUGUGGUAUAAUGACAGUUAAUGAGAACCAAAUUAAUCUUUACUGUCUGGUCUUUUUUAUUUUACAAAACAUAAACCUGUAUUUAGAAUAAUUUACCUCAGUAAAAGCAUUUUAUGUUUG